GUAAAUGAGAACUGUAGAACUAAGCGAAUUCUAUUAUGAUUUUUAUCAUACAAAACUUGUGAACUGAAAAAAAAAUUACGUUUGGAGGAGCUGACAGCAUUUAUACUCUAAAUUAGAAAUGAACAUUCCAACUACGUAGAGGAAAACGUAAAAACAAAAACAUUUCUUCGUCUUAAAUUUUGAUGAUAAGCUGCUGACGAUGUAUUCUUCAGUGUAGAAUCAGGCGCACUAAAAAUGGACGAGAGGGCCCGCAGUUGUUUGUUGAGUUCAAGAUCCAAACUGGAGCAAGAUAUAAAGGCUUCUUAUAUCAUGGAUCACAUGGUUAGUGAUGGAGUGCUAAACGCAGAUGAGGAAGAGAAGGUUAAAGCCUGUACAACACGAAAGGAAAAAGCAGUUGCAUUACUUAAUUUAAUCUUGAAAAAAGAUAAUUAUGCCUACAUAUCUUUCUAUAAUGCCUUGCUACGUGAAGGUUAUGGAGACCUGGCGUCCAUGUUGCAACAGGACCUUCCACUCAUCUCGCCAGUUGCAGAGAAAAGUUUUUUAGAUGGAGGAACUCCAUUUGUUCAGACAAUCCUGUGUGAAGGUGGUGUUCCACAAAGACCUGUUGUGUUUGUUUGCCGCCCAGAGCUGAUAAAUCGUGUUCGAGAGAAAUUGUAUAAACUGGAAAAUGGCUUUGGCUGGGUGGCUGUCUUUGGAAUGGCAGGCUUUGGGAAGUCUGUGUUGACAGCUGAAGCAGUGCGGGAUGAACACCUUAUAAAAGCUUGCUUUCCUGGAGGAGUUCAUUGGCUGUCUGUUGGGCAGCUGGAUAAGGCAGGUCUGUUGGUUAAAAUGCAGUCUCUGUGCUACCGCUUGGAUCAGGACUGCCAGUCCAGUCAGAGAUCACCAGUCACCAUUGAGGAAGCCCGGGACCGCCUGCGGUUCCUCAUGGUCCGCAAACACCCCAGGUCCCUUUUGAUUCUGGAUGAUAUCUGGGACAGUGGGGUACUGAAGGCUUUUGAUAUUCAAUGUAGAGUUCUCUUUAGCACCCGAGACAGGGGUGUCACUGAUUCAGUUUCAGGUAAAAAGUAUGAGGUUUCUGUGGACCAUGGACUUGAGGAUGAUAAAGCGUUGGAAGUCUUAGCUCUUUUUGUUAACAAGGAAGUAUCUGCAUUGCCAGUCCAGGCACGUAGUAUUGUACAUGAAUGCAAAGGUUCACCUCUUGUGGUCUCGCUAAUUGGAGCUCUGUUACGAGAGUUUCCUGACCGCUGGCGGUAUUAUCUGAAGCAACUGCAGAAUAAGCAGUUUAAAAGAAUCCGCAAGUCUUCAUCGUAUGAUUAUGAGGCUUUAGAUCAAGCCAUGUCAGUCAGCAUAGAUGUGCUACGUGAGGAUCGCAAGGAGUAUUACAAGGAUCUCUCUGUGCUUGAGAAGGAUGUGAAAGUGCCAGCUAAGGUGCUUUCUAUUCUGUGGGAUCUGGAGCCUGAGGAAGCUGAAGACAUACUGCAGGAAUUUGUUAAUAAAUCACUUCUUUUCCGUGAUUGCAAUAAGAGGCCCUAUCAGUAUUAUCUGCACGACCUGCAGCUCGACUUUCUCACAGAGCAGAACCGCUACAGGCUUAAGGACCUGCAUUCCAAGAUGGUUCGUCUGUACCAGAAUCAUUAUAAAAAGGGCCAUCCCACUGUAGCUGAUGAGGAAUGCAUGUACUGGUUCAGGUACCUGGCAUAUCACAUGGCCAAUGGCAAUCUCCGUGAGGUGAGGAUGGAGCUCUACUCUCUAAUGUUUUCACUGGACUGGGUAAAAGCCAAGGCACAGAUGAUGGGACCUGCCAGUCUCAUCAAUGACUAUGUGGAGUAUAAAGACAUUUUAGAUGAAGAGAACAGCACAGUGCGUGAUAAUUUUCAGGAGUUUUUAUCCCUGAAUGGUCACCACUUUGAACAAAGGCCUUUCCCUGAUGUUGUUCAGAUGGGCCUUGGCCAGCCAGACUCCUCAGAGGUGUAUCGUCAAGCAAGACUGAAGGCAGAGCAGGAGACGAAAAAAGGAGCUUUUUACCUGGAGUGGAUAAACAAAAGCAGUUUAGAGAGCUUGUCUCGUCUGAUUGUCCGGCCUCAUAAGGGAGCAGUUUACUAUGCCUGCUUUUCUCACAACUGGCAAAACAUAGCUUCCUGUGGAUCAGAUAAGACUUUGCAGGUUUUCAAAAGCCAGACUGGAGAGAAACUUCUUGAAGUUCAAGCUCAUGAUGAUGACGUGCUAUGCUGUGCAUUCUCUCCAGACGACAAGUUAAUAGCCACAUGUUCAGUGGACAAGAAAAUAAAGGUCUGGAAUUCACAAAAUGGAAAUUUACUCAGAACAUACGAUGAACAUUCUGAACAGGUGAAUCACUGCCAGUUUACCAAUACAAAUCGCAAAAUCUUGCUGGCAACGUGCUCAAAUGACAGCUUUAUUAAACUGUGGAACAUCAAUAGACCAGAAUCUCAAAACACGAUGUUUGGGCACGAGGGUCCUGUUAACCAUUGCUGUUUUUCACCCAAUGACCAAUACCUGGCCAGCUGUUCAAGCGAUGGUACUUUAAAGCUUUGGGAAGUACAUACAGCUAAUGAAUGGAAGUCGAUCGAUAUACUGGAUUUCUUCCCAAGCCUCACAGAUGAGCCCAAAGAGUCGGAGGUGGUAGUUAGGUGCAGUGCUUGGUCAUCAGAUGGUACCCGAGUUAUGGCUGCUGCAAAAAACAUGCUGUUUGUGUUUGACAUACAGAGUGCCACCUUGCUGUCAGAAAUUAAAACUGGUCGGCAUAGCACCAUUCAGUCCUGUGACUUCUGUCCCAGCAGUCAACUGGUAGCCGUAGCUCUGUCCCACUAUACUGUAGAGUUAUGGGACCUUGAGUCCAAUAAGAAAGUGGCUGAUUGUAGUGGACACCUGAGCUGGGUUCACUGUGUGAGGUUCUCUCCUGAUGGAUCAAUACUGCUCUCAUCCUCCGAUGACCAGACUGUCAGGCUUUGGGAGACCAAGAAAGUGCACCCAUCAUCUGCUGUGUCCUUGAAGCGUGACUCUGAUGUACUCUUCCACCACAAUGAAAUUAGUGUGAUAGUGCCUGACAACAGGAAACGUUUGCAGUUGAGAAAUGGAAAGACAGGGGAAGUGAUAUAUCAGUCUGAGGAACAGGAGUCCCGCAUUCGCUGCUGCUGUCUCAGUAAAGACCCUCAGGCUGCCGUCUUGGCACGAGAGGAUGGAACUGUAAAGGCAGGUGUGAUGUCCCCCAAGCAGGUACUAAAGAACAUUGGCUGGUGGACACUGCAACUUCUGACACUGCAGAAGAGCCUCUUAGCAGCACUAGGACUAGAGAAUGGCACAGUAAAGGUUUUGGAAAUGCCCAGUGGUAAUACCCUACGCACUUUAACAGGACACACAAAAACUGUCUUGUAUUGCCAGUUUACAGCUGAUGGACAGACACUUAUAACCUGCUCCGAAGAUACAACUGUUAGGGUAUGGGACUGGAAGUCUUUGAAAUGCAAGGUGCUGAAAGGACACAGUGAGCGGGUAAAGAGAUUCAGGCUGCUGGGCAGUUCAAGGCUCUUGUCCUGGUCCUUUGAUGGAACUGUUAAGGUCUGGGACAUCAUCACUGGUGAGAUGAUCCAGGACUUCUCCUGCCAUCAAGGGGCAGUUCUGUCUUGUGAUGUGUCACCUAACGGAGGUACAUUUUCAUCUGCUUCUGCAGACAAAAGUGCCAAGAUCUGGAGUUUUGACUCCACUAGCGCCCUUCACAUUCUGAACGGCCACAAAGACUGUGUUCGGAGCUGCCGCUUCUCCUGGGAUAACAAGUGCCUGGCUACUGGAGAUGACAACGGAGAAAUAAGGAUCUGGCAUGUGUUUGAUGGUUCUCUGCUCCAUAUUUGUGCAAGAGAAAAUAAGGACUCUAUGGAGUCCCUACAUGGUGGCUGGGUAACAGAUCUGCAUUUCUCCCCUGACAGCAAGAUGCUUGUUUCUACUGGAGGUUAUAUUAAGUGGUGGGAUGUGGAGAAGGGGGAAUCUCUGCAAACGUUUUAUACCACUGGAACGAAUCUAAAGGGAAUCCAUGUAUCCCCUGAUUUCAAGACUUUUGUAACCAUUGACAACAUUGGGGUUCUUUACAUCUUACGUACGGUGGGGUGAAACCCCUUGUAUGAGACCGCCAAUAUCCUUUCAGUGUGGUGACAAUCAUUCCAGGCUCUCCUGCUUUGUGAACCCGGCUACCAAAGGAUCCCUACAAAAUGAGAAUCUUUCAUAAGAAAUGCAAUUUGUAAUAUUCAAUUUGGUGUUCACAUUUUGAUAUGUUUAAUAUUCAAUAUUCUUCCUCUUAGCUACAACAUUAAUAAUUAUAGGUGAAUUUCUAUCUAUAUUAAUGGUAUCUAAUUAAGGUCCAUGUAUUACUACAAUGAGUGUUAUUUUGGGUCCUUGAGCAAUAAUGAAACUGUGAAAAGGGUGCUUUUUCUUCUAAUGUGAACAUAUGCAACGGUGUACAGAUAACAACGUAAGUUAUAAUUUUAUGGCACUUGAAAUAUGGAUAUGAAAUGUAAACUUUUAAUUAAAAGUGGUUGGGUUUAAUACAAAUAAAUAAAUGCAUUGAUUCAACACUGAUGUACUUUUGUUGUUAUGCCAAUACAUUAUUAAAAGCUCGAUUGCUAUACAUGGCUGCCAUUAUAUGUACUGAGGGUUGCUACUGUUGCUCAAAAAUGACUAUCCUUGACUGGUGAUGUGUAAAUUACAUGUGGAGGAAAAUUGUUAUUGGGUAAUAUAUAGGUUGGAUAUUUACUUUUUGUCAAUAACAAACUACCUUUUCUUUGGGUGAAUCCCAAGGGAGAAUACAUUCCCUUUUAAAGAUACAGUAAUCCGACUAUGGUGGGACCAGAGUAAGGACAGAUAUGUAAAGAUGAAUGAAUCCUGUUUUAAAUACCACUGUACACAGGUGCAACAAUUAUUAUAUUAACACGGAUAUUGUUUUGAGAUUCAGCUUUUAUUAGGGAGCUCCCCUAAAUCCCUUGUUUAGAAAGAUACUAAAGACAGUAUUAAUUCUUGUGGGUGUGUGCAUUCGUUGCUGAGUGACAGGCAGGAGAUAGAGAUGGAGGUUGAAGGUCAUACGCCUUGCAGGUGAACAGGAUUUAUUUACAUGUCAACACACUGAACAGCUCACGUGACACUACCAGCAAUGGUAGCGCACGGAGCACAUUCAACACAGUGUACUAAAGCUUUGGUAGGGUCUACAAUAUCGGAACUAAUCUAAACGGAUAAACAGUCAGGGCGGAUACGCGAUGGAUUACUGUACACAUAAGUUGUCUUUGUCCUAAACGGUUGACAAUCCAAUUUAAGAGUUGAAUUUACUGUUUACCUAUACAUCAAGUCAAACUACUGCCUUGUACCUGUACAUCAGUGUAUUACAUUUGUUAUGUGCUGGAGAGGAAAACAGAUAAAUAAUACAAAAUGUAAAGUUGUAUCAUAAAAUGUUUUGAACUGGAAAUUAAAACAUGCUUGCAAUAUAAGAGCAUUAACUGCUGUAAUGGCAUUGGUGGACCGUGUGUAGACUGUGUGUUUGAAAGUGUGCAUUAUGUAUGUAUGUAUCGCAUUAAUAAAUAUGUACAAGUUGGGAACAGCAGUUGAUUCUUUUGGGAACUGAAAGUAGGAUAGGAAUAACAAUAUUAAUUAAAGGAUUUCAACAGUAUCCUAAGCAGCUUGUUUCCACUGUCUGGUGCUACAGACUUUGGCUGCCCACGGGUAGCUGCCAGAAUCGAAAAGGCGUUUCCAGCAGUAACACAGUGUUUAGAACAAAGCAGUCCGAGCAAUGGAAGAUGAAAUUGAAAGAAUGUUAAUUGCUAUUUUCAUUAUGGCACUAUGUACGAUUUUAGACAACCUUUAGAUCUAAUUGAAUGAACCCUCCAAACAAGACGGACGGAAAGUGAAAUGUAAAAUAAUAAUACAUUGUAAAGGAAUGCUAUAAUAGCCUAUGCAGCUCCUGGCGGGAAUUAUUAUUAUUAUUGUUUUUGGCUAAAGUUGCAUACUUUUUGUAUAUCAAGUUCCACGUGCGUCAUCAUGUAAC